GUGGUCCCGCGGAUCUGUGUCUUGCUUCAACAGUGUUUGGACGGAACAGACCCCGGGACUCCCUCUCUUCCAGCUUCCGACUGGCUUCCAGUCUCUUCAUUUACAACCUCUGGGACCAUCUCCUCGGCCACCUCCUACUUCAGGGACCAACCAACAACGUUUUUUUGUGGUUCGCUCUUUAUUGUCAACCAUGAGCUCCCAGAUUCGUCAGAAUUAUUCCACCGAGGUAGAGGCUGCAGUCAACCGCUUGGUCAAUCUGCAGCUGCAGGCCUCCUACACCUACCUCUCUCUGGGCUUCUAUUUCGAUCGAGACGAUGUGGCUCUGGAGGGCGUGGGCCACUUUUUCCGGGAGUUGUCCGAGGAGAAACGCGAGGGCGCCGAGCGUCUCUUGAAGAUGCAAAACCAGCGCGGCGGCCGCGCCCUCUUCCAGGACGUGCAGAAACCGUCUCAAGAUGAGUGGGGUAGAACCCUGGAUGCCAUGGAAGCCGCCAUGGCCCUGGAGAAGAACCUGAACCAGGCUCUUUUGGAUCUUCAUGCUCUGGGCUCUACCCGCACCGACCCACAUCUCUGUGACUUCCUGGAGAAUCAUUUCCUGGAUGAGGAGGUGAAGCUCAUCAAGAAGAUGGGCGACCACCUGACUAACCUCCGCAGGCUCGCUGGCCCUGAAGCAGGGCCGGGCGGCUCUGAGUCAGGGCUGGGCGAGUAUCUCUUCGAAAGGCUCACCCUCAAGCACGACUAGGAGCCUCCAGAGCCCAGCAGCCUUGAGAGGUCUGUUUGCAUUUCCUGGUAUCAGAGCUUCUACCUGAGCCUCACUCUCCAGCCAUUAGGCAGCUUCUUAACCACGUUGGAGCCUUCUCCCAAGCAUUGGACCAAGUGGCAAUAAAGCUUUUUGCAGCAGCUGUU